UGUUUGUUUGCCAUUUUUUCUAACACAUCAGGUGGAUUAUUUUCCUCUCUCUUUCUUUCUCUCCCGUUCCCCCAGAUAUCUGUUCCUCUGCUCUGCUGCUCAGCCUUGUUUUAACCCUUUCCUUUGUGUCCCUGGUUAAAAAAAAAAAAAAAAAAUCUUAAUCUAUUCUGACCCACAAGGUGCCUGGGCCCGGCCAUUCGGAUGACGUCCGACUGCCUGAAAGCCAUAUCCUUGUGGAUAUGUUGGCUUCCUGGCACUUUGAGUGGAUACGGGUGAUGGUGGACCCAGAGAGAAAGGGCUUCAUCAACAAGCUGUAUGCCAUCCAGGAUGUGUGCAUCAGUGUGCAGAAUGCGUUGGAUGAAGUAGCCUCCUACGGCGAGAGGAUAAAGAACACCUUUAACUGGACAGUGCCUUUCCUAAGCUGGCUGGCCAUUGUUGCACUGUGUGUGGCCACUGUGCUCAUCUACUAUAUCCCCCUACGCUACAUUGUCCUGGCCUGGGGGGUGAAUAAAUUCACCAAGAAGCUCCGUGACCCGUACAACAUUGACAACAACGAGCUCCUGGACUUCCUGUCCAGAGUCCCCUCGGAUAUACAAGUGGUGCAGUACCGAGAGCUGAAACUGGAUCUCAGUCAUAGUCCAAAUAAGAGAAAGAAAAACAACCCGGGGUAGCUGGCUUUGUCCGUCCACUGAAUCUUCCCUCCCUCAACGGCCCGACACCAAGGAGCAGAGGAAGGCUGGUCUGGACCUCCUCGACUCACUCUCUCUCUCUCUCUCUCUCUCUCUCUCCACUUUUUUCAUAUUUUUCCUCUUUCUCCCUCUUCUACUGACUUUAAAUAUACAUGUACAGGCUCCCGAAGUGUAAUUAUCAUUGUAGAAAGAGACAGCAAGAGAAAAAAUCGAUAAAUUCCCGAGUUUAGAGAUGAGCGUGGAUGAAAGUGGACCGGAUCAUUCCGGACCCAGGUGUCUACAGCAUUGUACCAGUCUGACGGAUGUACAAGUCCUGCUCGACUGUGUGACAGUUAUGAGUUCAUCCGAAGAGGUUUCAGACAUUUUUUACAUAAUUCCCCGUAAGGAACAUAUCAUUUAACCCUACCAGAGUGAGAAAGCCGCUAAACAGGUAGAAUGGCUGGUCUACUUUUCAAAAUCUGAACUCCCAAUGACCUCUGGGUGUAAGCAUGUGGAACAAUAGAUAAAGAGCUUAUUUAUUCAUUAUUUUACAGAAUGUUGUAAAUAAUUUUUUGUUGUGUUUACAUUUUGGAUUAAAUUAUUCUAUUUUGGGGGGGGGGUUGUUCUUUCUGCACCAAGCCUCCAUCUCAGCCAGUAUACAGUGUUACCUAUUAGCACGUUAGCCACCUACAGUAUGUCCUGCUGCUCGCACACUGCACAGAGACAACUAAAACAGAUAACCCUAUAGUACACCCUUCAUUGGCAUCUUCGAAGCUGUAUUUGUACGUUUACACUUUGCCCACGUUUCUAAUUGCCUCUCACCGAUUUCUUACUUCUCAGCGAGAAGCAACUAGAUAUUUUAAGAGGUCAAAUGUUAAUUGUCUUUUCAGUUCUUAGGCCUAUACACAUAUGUUCCAGUGGUCCUUGACGAUCCAAAUGAAUGAUAACUUCAAAACCUCAAAAACUCCUCUUUUAAAUGGAACUGAAAACUGCUGCAGUCCUGCCGAUAUGCCAUUCUCCCGAUCUGCACUACCAUCAAUAGUGCAGAUCAGUGUUUUUCUACCCAGAAACAGGGUGUCGUUUCCCCCCAGAAGAGGCAGGCAAGUGUAGAUUGCUGCUGUGCCACUGAGCUAAUAUAGAUGUCACCCUGUGCAGACAGAAUCGCCAGGCAGGCCUUAGGCAGCCCAAGCGGUAAUCUUAUUUGAAAGGCUGGUCUCCUCUCCUCUCAUCUCCACAUGUUGCCUCAGUGGGCACACACACACACACACUCUCCAGCACUGUGCCACAGGCUGGCCGCCAUCUCCAUCUGCCCCACCUCCUGCUCAACUUUGAUCUCUCUUUCAAGGGAUGAGUUUGUGCAUACGCGUAUGUGUGUGUAUGUGUCCCACUGGGCAAAAAACUGGUUGAAUCAACGUGGUUUCCACGUCAGUUCAGCGCAAACAAUGCUACGCGAUGACGUCGAAUCAACGUGGGAAAGCUGAGGGAUUUGCAAAAAUUCGAUCCACGUCAGGGAAUUUCGCCUUUUUUUCCCCCCGCCCAACUUUCAACCUAAAUUCAAUGACCAGAUGAAAUGUUUGGUUGAUUUCAGGUUAGUUGACAAUUGAACCGAGGGUAAAUCAAAGGUAGACGUUGAACUGACGUCUAUGCCCAGUGGGGUGUUUAUGCAAAGCAAACAAGCAAGCUGCAUGGAGGGUGUCCCCGUACACUGUGUGUGUGCAUGCUGGGUGUGUAUGCAUGCUGGGUGUGUAUGCUACAUGUGGUGCACAUGUAAAUGUGCAUGGGUGCAUGUUUCUGGAGUUGUCUGUCUCUUCUGGCUCUGGAGAGUGAUGUAGAUGGGACUGUGAACCUGUAGGGCCAGACGCUGCGUUUGGUGGCGGAGAAGUCGCCCGCUAGACGAGCAAGCAAGUUAGCCAAUGUGUGACAAGACAAGACGAUGGGUGGCCAGAGACCGCAGGGCUUUGCGCGUAUGUGUGCGCACCCUCUUUCCAAAGCCCUCCCAUCAUCCCUCUCACUCUCCCUCUCUCAUUCGUCAGCGGUUAGGAUCGUGGCCCUGUCGGAAGGGAACGUCUCCUGGGUCUCUCCCGAAAGCAUCUGUUAAAGGAUCACAGCGUAGGCUACAUCUGAAGGGGCCUUCCACUCUUCCACAUUACCCUCCGUCCCUCCCUCGCUCCAUCCCUCCCUCCCUCCCUCCGUCCCUUAAACUUCAACAAGCGUAGAUCUGCCACUUUGGAAGGCCAUUGGUUUGGUUUGAGAGAUGCACUUGAAAUACAAUAACAUGCUCCGUGGAGAGUAGGACCUACGAGGGUUAUAUCAUCCUCUCUAAAAUGCAGACUCGUGUCUAUUUUUAUUGCCUAAAGGGGACCGUUUGAAAACCUGAAUAUGUAUGUGUGAACUACUGUACGUGGUAUAAUUUACAGUAACUGUGGUGGGUAUAUUGUGUGUGGUCUUAUAUCCAAAUAUUAGAAGUUUUAUAACAUUGUUAUGGCGAUGUAUGCAAGCAAGCCAAAGUGAUUUAUAGGACGCGACAGAAAACAAAAUGCUAAACAGAAUGUAUCGGACGGACAUGAAGGAAAAUGGCACUUUCAUUUGCACCCCCUUUUUUUUUUACUCACUUUUUUUGGAAUGAUGUACAUAAUAUGCCUGUAAAUGGUCUGAUGUUGGUUGAUGAUCUUGUAUAGGUGUAUGCUUGUCAUUUCUCUCCGAGGUAUUUUCGCCUGCAGUGUUGCCUGUGACAUCAUCUUCACUCUCCUAGUCCUGGUCAAUGGUUGUAGAGGACAAGGACGGGGAUUUGGGGUGGGUGGGCAGUGAAGGGAAAGUUAUGAGAAAAUAAUGUACAUCUAAUACGACCAAUAAAUUCACCAGAUGUAUGUCGAUAAUUUUGGAAAAACUUGUAAAAGAUUAAAUAUUUUGUAUCAUCUUUGGAGAUUUUUCAUUCAUUGCCAAAAACGGCAUUGAGCUUCACGAAGACAAAUACAUAGCCAGCUACACAAAAGGUUGGUUUGAAGUGCAUACCACCCGGGAUGGCCCUUGAGGCCCCUGUGUGAAUCCUCUGACCAGAUCAUUUAUUAGUCUGGGAGUCCCGCCACUGUCUGAAACGCCUCCAUCUAAACUCCUGUACAUCACUCCUCACAGCCCCGUAAAAGACGACAUGCGUACCCAGCCAGUGGUACUCCCCUCCACAAGAAGAGAUCAGGAAGGAACACUGGGUCAUUAGUCUCUCCUCCUCUGACAAACACACAUCAUCCUCACAUGUCAGGAUGUAAUCGCUAGCUCCCUCUAACACACACAAUCACCCACUACAAUAUAAGCCCAUCUCUGUAUUGAAGUUCCCCACUCAGGGAAUAGUUUGUGUGGCCAGGCUAGGUUGUAUUCUUGAGCACCCAGAGGUGGGCUAGUCUUACUCCUGGUUACCCCCCACGUGGCCCGCAGAUGAGGCUCUUCCAUCUCUGUCUUGUGCUCCCAGCUCAGGACACUACGUGACCAAACAUGACAGGACCCAUCCGGCUCAAUAGAUGCUUCCACUGCCAAACACAAAGACAGACCUUUGGUGAGUGUGUGUGCGUACGUGCCUGUGCUGGUGCAUGUUCAACUGACACGCACCUCCGUUUGUUGCCCUUUCAAUUGCUCUGCAAUCGAAUGCGAAGCAGCAUGGUUGCUCACAAUGGUGGAACUGCUGCAGUGAGUUGUUGCUUAUUUUAAAGACUCCUGACCUGUACCAGCCACUAUAAAGAAGUGAACAGCCUUACAGGGUUAGAGGCUACUGUAUCUUCCCCUGCAUGGAGAAGACAAUUGGGGGAAGAGCAUGGGUAGCUCUGCCAAUAUUAUGUUGAUUUGAGUCCUGUUGAGUUGUAGUUUAGUUGCUUUGAGAUUCAUUUGUCAUUCCCUGUAACGGAUUAAGCUCUUAUUAAAGUACUACUGUUAUUGUUUAUAGACACCUGUCCGUCUCGUGCUGCACGAUCACAUGUGACACUUCCACCUACGGGCAUGCCACACAGUAGGUG